AGAACGAACAACACGGAUACAAGCAGACGAACAACAGAGCAGUGUACGUUCUGCGCGGAGAUUUUUUUUUUUCUCUCACACAUUACUAAACUUCGCCUGGCCCAAUUUUACUGGUUAAUGAGUUCCUUGAUACAAGGGAAACAACUUUCGGAGUUUUAAAGAAGUAACCUUAAAGCGGGUUCACCCUGGCCAAGUACUACGACUACGAGAUGGACGGCAAGAGCCCGCGGGGUUCCAAACGACCGCUCAUCAUCGUCUGCAUCGUAGCCAUCAUCGUCGUCGUCAUCGUCGGCGCUGUCGUCUGGAAGGUGACCAAAGAUGCGUACCAGACGACCCCGGGGGCGAUUAUGGGCCCCGGAAGUCAGACCACGGCUGGACCCACCGUGACGUCACAAGCACCAGAAAAAACUUCCCUUAGCCCAGAGGAGCUGAAGGCCAACCCGUGGCUCUCUCUGCGCAUGUCACGUGAUGUCCUGCCCGUCCAUUAUGACGUCACCAUGUACCCAGAUUUUUACGACACGGCGGGAGAAUUUUACGGCAACGAGACGAUUGAGGUGAACGUGACGUCACCAACCCGCUACUUCCUGCUGCACGUGCACACGACCUACAUGAACGUGACGAGAACCCACGUGACCGACAACACGACAGGAGCUGAGAUUGACGUCAUCAGGACGUUCUACUACCCGCCCCACGAGUUUUUUGUGAUCCAGGUCAACGAGGUGUCGGCUGGUCGAGUCGUUAGACUGCAGCUUCAGUUCGAGGGGAGCCUGAUCAAAACCAUCAUGGGCUUUUAUAAAAGUACUUACGUCAACACGAUAACCAACCAGAUAAGAAACCUGGCCUCGUCUAAAUUCGAACCCACGUAUGCCCGCCAAGCCUUCCCGUGUUUUGACGAGCCCAACAUCAAGGCCGAGUUCACCAUCACCCUCAUCCACAGACCAGAGUACAUCGCCUUGUCCAACAUGCCCCAGGACGGGCAGCCUAGACCAGUGGCCAUGAAACCCGGCCUUGACCUUGUGGCCAGCAAGUUCCAGAGGUCGGUCAGCAUGAGCACCUACCUGGUGUGUUUCAUCGUCUGCGACUUCAACUACACCCAGACCCAAUCCAAAAGAGGCGUGCCGAUUCGUGUGUACUCGACCCCGGACAAGCUGGACCAGACCCACUACGCUCUGGACAUGGCCAGACACACACUGGACACAUACGAGGAGCUCUUUGACAUGGAGUAUCCUCUACCCAAACAAGAUCUGAUAGCGAUCCCAGACUUUGUGUCUGGCGCCAUGGAACACUGGGGGCUCAUCACCUUCAGGGAGAGCAGGCUCCUCUUCACACCCAACCAGUCGUCCAUCAGCAACCAGGAGCAGGUGGCUCUGGUCGUGGCUCAUGAAAUGGCUCAUCAGUGGUUUGGUAACAUCGUCACCAUGGACUGGUGGAAUGACCUCUGGCUCAACGAGGGAUUCGCCAGUUUUAUGGAGUACCUGGGGGUGGACGGCAGGGAAACGGAGUGGAAAAUUAUGGACAAAAUCCUGACCAUGGACGUGUUCCCCGUCAUGAAGGAGGACAGCCAACUCUCCUCCCACCCCAUUGUUGUUGACGUCAUGUCGCCCAGCCAAGUGACGUCAGUGUUUGACAGCAUCUCGUACUCCAAGGGUAUGGCUGUGAUCAGGAUGUUGGAGGCAAUCAUGGGGAAAUCAAAGUUCUUUGAAGGUAUUGCUCUGUAUCUAAAGAGACACAAGUGGGGUAACGCCGUGACGCAAGACCUGUGGCGAGCGUUGUCAGAGGUAGACGGGACUCGUGACGUCAGCCACAUCAUGGACACCUGGACCAUCCAGGAUGGGUUCCCCUACAUCAACAUCACCAUCCUGACCAGCGCGUCAGGCGGGACAACUCUCCGUGCCCAGCAGAAACGGUUCAUGAGUAACCCAGGUACCCAGGUCAACGUGGAUGCUUCCCCUUUGAGGUACAAGUGGUAUGUAGCACUGGACUACCUGCUGGCCUCUGGUGGGAAUGGAACUCGGGUCAUGGACAUGGGGGACAUUGAGUGGAGUGAACCCUUGGAUUUAAACCAGGCCAGCUGGGUGAAGUUUAACCACGGCCAGACCGGCUUCUACAUCGUCUUGUACCCAGAUGGGAUGUGGAGAAAUUUUUCUAACUACCUGCUACAUACGGCAUACACGGACUGGCUGUUGUCCAGCAGUGACCGGGCUGGACUUCUGAACGACGCCUUCAUGCUAGCAGACGCCGGCAUGACGUCAUACGAGAUUCCCCUGGAAAUGAUGUCCUACCUGGCAGAAGAGCGGGACUUUGUCCCCUGGUACGCCGCUAUUAUAGGGGGCGUGUCCUACAUCAACAACAUGCUGGAGGUGGAUCCGCAGUUUCCGGUGUGGAGGAAAUUUUUGUCAGCUCGAAUCCGCCCUGUGAUUGAACGGUUGGGUUACCUGGACAUAGGGUCUAACCAAGAAAGGAACCUGAGAGCGACCCUGCUCAACCAAGCGUGCCGUAUGCAGGACCCGCCUACUGUGUCCAACAUUAACAGCCAGUUUCGUGAUUGGCUGGACCGUAAUGUCAGCAUAUCCGCCAACCUGAAGUCUGUGGUCUACAACUACGGCAUGGCAAAUGCUGGCACCGACGAGGACUGGCACCACGUUUGGACCAGGUACCUCACGGAACCCUCGCCACAAGAGAAGGAAAAACUGGCCGCCUCGUUGUCGCAGACUCCAAAACUACAUCUGAUUGCCAGGCUGCUGGAUAAGGCAAAGAGCCAGGAUGGUAUAAAGACGCAGGACUUCUUCACGCUAGUCAAUAACAUUGCCAGCAACACGGCGGCCGAGGGGAUGCUGUGGGACUGGGUUCGUGAAAACUACGACAGUUUUAUAGACAGGUUCACUAUAGCUGACAGGAACUUCGGGAGAAUGGCGUAUCUGGUUGUGAGAUUCUACAACACCAGGUUUAAACUUCAGCAGGUGAAAGAUUUCUUCGCCUUGUACCCCAACGCUGGCGCUGGCCAACGUUACCGUAAAAUGGCGAUCGAGAGUAUCGAGAAAAACAUUUUUUGGAUGGAAAACUACAAGCCAGUCAUUGUCGAGUGGUUGGAGAAACAUGCGAUGUAAAGAUUAAGUUUAAAAAUAGAAUGAAAGUUGGGGAAAAUAAGUUUAAACGCAGAGCAUUGUUGCCACGAGACCUAUUGCAUGUUAGAAGCAAAUCAGCAACUAAUACACCUCUGGCCUUCCUAAAAAAUAUAGUUUUUAAAUACCGUAAAAGUAUUUUUAGAUCACUAAAACAAAAUAUAUAUUUUAAGAAAUCGAAAUUUAAAAAGUUUUUUUAGUAUUUUAUUUUCAUCGAAUAAAAAGCUCAUUAUUUGAAUUCGGACAAAUCCGAGUACACUAUAUUUCACUAUAUUUUAUGGUACAGACUUGUUGUACACGCGAUUGCUUCCCUUUAGUUGUCUCAAAUGAUAUAUAGUACUAGAGAGUGCUAAGGGUCUACUAGAAUGGAUCAAAGUAUUUUACAACACAAACCGUAUUGAUCAAUGUAUCAUUUUCUUUAUAUAUAUAUAUAUAUAUAUAUAUAUAUAUAUAUAUAUAUAUAUAUAUAUAUAUAUAUACUAUAUACCUAUUUAUAUGUUAACCACGAACCUAUAAUAUGACAGGCACAAUAAGAAAUUAGUUGGUAGUCUAUGUUCAUGUUAUAUACUUUUUAGAAUGUAAAUGAUGUGUUAUAUAGUUACUAAAAUCUAAAUGAUGUAUUAUAUACCAGAUGUCUGUGUAGAUGAAAUGAUGUCUGUCAUUUUUUAUUGUCCUCUGACUGUAUGAUGCAGGUGACGCGUCGAUUAGAUUA